AUGGAGGAAACUACCUCGCCGCCUGCCCACACAUGCGCACAUUGUGCGGACAUAGUAUUUCCAGGAAGCUCGGAAAAGAUACAUGUAUCUCGUAUGGGCUCACUGGAAGAUCCAUUCAGUAAUCUUGACUUCCGUGAGAAGAUCCUGACUCGCCUGGGUCUCUCUCUGGCGGAUCUUAGGCUCAAAGCCAACGCCGGGUGUGACUUUUCGCAAUACCUCAAAGACGAAAUAGAGCACAAGAUGUACAAAGGCGCAGAUCCUAAUGCAAUCCAGCUGUACAUUCAUCUGGAUUGUCUUUCGAUAUUUAUUGAGCCCUUGAUAUGUCUACAAGACCUUCAUCUUCCGGAUAACGUCUUUGAGGGUAGAGAUGUGAGUCGCUGCUUUGUGUCUACUGGAUGGCACAGAGGUCUGCCCUACAUAUACUGUACCUUGGCUAACAUAACAGGAGAUGAUUCUCAUGAGGAAAUAAAGAUCCGCAAGUCGAUUGUUCAAGAUCCGCUUUCAGAUCGUACUGUAACAAAUGUGCGAGAUUGGUUAAAGCGUUGUGAAGACGAGCAGCAUGGCUACCACAAGAUCUGCUCGUUGAGCGAGCGUGCGUAUGUUCCAACUCGCCUGAUCAAGAUAUCAGGGCCUCCAGACCAGCUACAGUUGAAAAUCGUUUGUCGCGACGAUCUGGAAGAACAUGACGUGUCAAGAUAUGUAGCCUUGAGUUAUUGCUGGGGUGGCGAUCAAACGAACAAGCUGACACAAGAAAAUCACGGUCUUUACAAGAAGAACAUUGCUUGGGAAACUCUACCAAAAACCAUUCAGGAUGCUGCAAAAACAGCCCAGGCACUGGGUUUCCAAUACAUCUGGAUCGAUUCGAUGUGCAUCGUUCAGAAUAGUAAGGAAGAUAAGAAGGCUGAAAUCAAUCAGAUGACGAAGGUCUAUGCUCAUGCGACAUUGACGGUAGUCGAUAGUAGGGGCGACAGAGUGACUGAAGGCUUCCUGCAUCCCAGAACUCUCCCUUCCGGAACUACUUCUAUCCAAUAUCGAACAGAAGACGGUCAAACACAGCGUUUGACUUUAUUAUUCAAUCAUGCGUCUAAUGUGGAGGAAAGUGUUGCUGUAAACACACGAGGAUGGACUCUGCAAGAGUACCUCCUUUCUCGUCGCCGACUCAUUAUUGGCACUUGGUCAACAGAGUGGCAUUGUCGAAAGAAAGAUGAAAUUCACACAGAUGGGUGGGCACGUAGCACUCGUAUGGGACCCUCAGCAGGUAUUCCAUAUCACGUCGAGGAUGAAGGUUGGGCAGGCCCCGGCCCCUUUGGAUCCAAAGAAGCCGAGUCUGUCUACAGCAGUAGCUUCAUCAAUGCAGCUAUGUUCUUCUCGGUAAAUCCAGGAUAUCCCCCCGGGCAGGUGGACAAAGUGCUCGUCUGUUUUUCCUGGAUCGUAAUCGUUACAUCUUACAGUAAGCGGUCGGUGACAGAAUCAGAAGAUAGAAUCCUUGCUCUAUCUGGAAUUGCUGAGAGGUUCGCAAAUUUGGUAUCGGGACGAUAUAUAGCAGGCAUUUGGGAGAACAUGAUGCCUUCGUGCUUGUACUGGUACAAGUUUGGUCGGCCUGUUGAUAGACCGGUCAAAUACCGAGGUCCGUCCUGGUCAUGGAUAUCGAUUGAUGGGCAAGUCGAGCACAUCUUCAGCGAUAACUGCCUGUGCGAGAUUCUUUCCGUUGAGUACAUGCUCGAGAAUGCUGAAGCUCUCUAUGGAGCUGUGCGUAAUGCCACGCUUCAUAUCAAAGGUCCUGCUCUUAGUAUCGAAUGGCGAUACACAAGACAAGAUAGGCAGGAACAGGAAGAUAAGGAACUACAGGAAGACCUGAGCGAGCUUAGAUGGUUCCGGGAUGGCAGCGAUGAUCCUCAGGGUCUUCAGUUGUCAGUGCAACUCGACGCUCGAGAACAGACAGCAGAAUGGGGAGAGAUCGUUCUGUUGGCUUACGGAUUCUUCAACCACGGUCUGGGUCAUCAGGACUCUUGGUGCAUAGCCCUCACUAAGGUAGACCAAGUUGAAGUCGACAACAAGCCUCGGCAUCGAUUCCGCAGAUUGGGAUUUGUCCAAUUUUUCGAUUUUUCUCCUCUCCCACAUGUCGAAAGUUGGCCAGUAAGCUCCUACUAUGUGAUCUGA